AUGCGGGAGAUGUUCAGGUAAUUGAUAGCUGCUGUUCGCGCUUGCUGUAAGAUGCCCGUGCGCGGCUGACAGCUCACGGGGCACAAAUUUACCGCACAGAGCGAGCCCUCGAUUGUCAAUUCAGCAACCUCGUUCCAGGUGAGGAGCAGGCCAGGCACGGACAGUGGACGAGGCGGAAGGUCAACUCAUGCCACAGUUCUCCGGUUUCAUUUGUUUGAUACAGCGAACUUCGCACGAACGAUCGACCAUGAUGCUCUGGUGACCCAACUCGAAAAGCGGAUUCGUGAGCCACAGAAGGCCCGCCGGCGUUCUCGUACACCACCGAUCAAUCCCUGACUCUACCUAACACCGUGCAGAAUCGCUCGAGUCCGAGUUGGUGGCGCAGAGUUUCUUUCUGACUGCGGCAGCCGAUCUGUGUUCCAACAUUUCCACAACAUUCGCUGCCGGUGCCGCGUCCCCUGAGGUUGCAUUGCGCUUUCUCUCGCAAAGAGAAGAGGACGAGGAGCGACUCGCCAAGCUCAAGCGGAGGAGCGGUACCGCAUUCGACGAUCACUCGGACCUGGACAACGGCCCUACUCCGGGCUCGCUCAGCCUCGAAGUGCGGCUAGCGAAGCCAGCUCUGCAGCGAUCUUUCGCACUGCAUCUCCUCGACGCCUUUUUCGACUCUUGUUGUUCGAAUCUGCCCAUUUUUCGACCAUUUUUGAUUCGAAAAUCGCAUCUGUACCGCCAGAUUGACGACCUCGACCCCCCUUCGCGAGUGGCGGUGGCUACGUUCUGUGCCCUUGGGGUCAGAGCAACACCGCAUUCAGGUCUGCUCGGUAUUCCUGAGGUGGAUCCCUCCGACUCUCGCGCCAUGAUCGUUUCUGGAGUGCGACGCGAGCAGACGUACAAGGCGCUGCAUGCUGAAGCGAUGGACCUUUCGGAUCGACUCGAGAUCGCACACGAUCCGAGCCAGCCAGCCCUCGAGGCGUUGAUGGUGCAGAUGCAGGCGCUGAUGUGGCAAGAACUGAUUCCGCGGCGAUCGAGGAGCAUGGUGCGCAGCGCGCUCGGCAUGUUCAAGGAUCUCGGAGAGCAACGGGCCGCGCUGGUCAAGAGCAUAGGUUUACCUCUGCUCGCUGGGGAUGCGAUUACUUCGGCUUACGGUCGACGCGCAUGUCUUGUGACCGAGGCGGACCUCAGCGAGUACUUUUCGGGCUUGGUCCUCCCCGAUCUCAAAUACGACCAGCUGCAGUCGAUGAUCGCCGUCCACCUGCGUCCUGGAGAAGAGCCCAAUCAUACACAGCUUUCGAGCGCCAGCAUGAUCAUCUGGAGAUGGCUAAUUGCGUGUCAACGCGAGUUCAAUCGGAUUGCUUCUCGUAAGUCAAGCAUGAGCGGCCCAUCCCGUUGCGCCGAGGGUUCACACUGACGUACGAACCCUUCAUUAUCGUCAUCAGUGCGUACCGUUCACUACUCGAUGAUCACUUCCGAGAUCAUGAUGCUCUGGACGGCAUUGGAUCAAAUCCACUCGGCCAUCCAGAAUUUCCAGAGUUUAUUAAUGGGUCUCCGCGGCCUGCCUCCCGGCUGCGAGGCCGAUGGGUGCUCUUCGAUGCACCUACGCUACGUGACUCGACUCGACCGCGAAGUCGACGACCUGACGUGGCUCAUCCACUCGCUCAUUUCGGAGCGAAUGCAAGGCCACCAUGGAUCACACGACGACCUCUCCGUCGAGUGGCUUCUCGAGAGCGAGCGCCGCGUGCGGAGAGGCCUCAAGCUCGCUGCGUUCUACUUUGAGCUCUAUUCGAUCUCGGUCAGCCCGAACCAAACGUGGUACCUGUGCUGGCAGCUUGAGUUGAUGCCACGAUGGACGUCGAUCGCCGUGCAACGCUAUGCCGAGGAAGGCGGUCCGAUCACACCGGACGACGAGCUGACGGAGACCGAGCUAGACUGGAUCGAAAAGGGGUUGCGCGUCGCGGCUUACUACCACCCCGUCGCGGAGCGGCGGCUGGUCGAAAUGCAGUCGAUGCGGAGACCGCCGAGACGGGAUAGCGCACCGUCAAGGGCGACACAAGACCGGCCCGAUCUGCUACUAGAGGAAGCAAUGAGGAGGACUAUCAUGUCGACGGCGAUGCCUUUUCCAACUAGUUGA